AUGACUACGGAUCAAUCUCGAGGAGCAUGGAGGAGCCAACUUCAUUUCAUUCUUACUUGUAUUAGUUUUGCUGUCGGAUUGGGUAAUUUGUGGAGAUUUCCGGCAACUGCUUACGAAAACGGAAGAGCGGUGUUCAUCAUACCAUAUGUGAUUUGCUCAGCACUCGUUGGUCUUCCAUGCUUAUAUCUGGAAUUUCUUAUCGGACAACUUACUCAGUCCGGUCCCUCUAAAGCCUUCCGAUAUUUCAUGCCAGCUUUGCAAGCACUACGGUAUUUAGGUGUUGGAUGGGCAAUGUCUAUAAUAAGCGUAUCUAUCGGAAUUUACUAUAAUGUUGUAGUAGCAUGGUGCCUUUUGUAUAUUUUUGAUGUCAUCACUUUUCAAUCGAGUAAAUGGACAUCAUGUAAUAACUUCUUUAACAGUAAAAAAUGUUACGAUGGCUGCUUCUCUCAUUCGCCUUGCAGGAUUAAUUCGUCACUUGCCGCUCAAGAAUUUUUUCGUUAUCGACUGUUUGUCAAAAAUGCCGAUGGUGUGGAACGUGAAGGUGUUUUCAAUUGGGAAAUAUUCAUUGCUCUAUCAAUAUCAUGGCUUAUGACGUGUUUGAGCCUAAUCAAAGGAGUCUCAGUGAUUGGAAAGAUCUCUUACAUAACUGCAACAUUACCAUAUAUUAUAAUAUCGAUAAUGCUACUCCGUGGCGUGACGAUAGAUGGUGCUAAAAGUGGCAUAGAUUAUUUAUUACAACCUGAUAUGAACAAAUUGUGGACUCUGACAACCUGGAUCGAAGCUGCUAAGCAAUUAUGUUUCAGUCUCGGUAUUGGCUUAGGUGGUCUGCUCGCUUUGGCCUCAUUCAAUAAGGAAUGCCAUAACUGUUUUCGGGACGCAGUUACUGUCGUUUUCAUCGAUGGCUUGAUGAGUAUAAUUGGAAGUGUUGCGGUUUAUUCCGUCAUUGGACAGUUAUCAACAUUAUCCGGAAAACCCAUAGAGACCAUUUUUAGUUACGGAGGGCCAUCUCAUCUCCUACGUGAUAUCAAAGAAGGGCUCGAUUUUAAAUCAAACACAUGGCUGAUGCGGAUUUUUGGCCCAUCUGGGUAUAUGAUAACAGCUUGCUGGACAUUUUUCACUCCUAUCAUGCUUUUGAUUAUGGCCGUGCUUGGAGUCCGUGAAGAUUUCGGCAAAGCUAGCCAUGAAUACAACCCAUUCCUCCAGUAUCUGCCAUUAAUGGCAAUUCCGGCGUUCAUAAUCAAUAUAUUCACUUUCAUAAAAAGGGGCAAAAGUUGGAAAGAUGUGUUUCGCGUUCAAACAGUACUAAAGACUUCCAAAAUAUCUGGAACGAAUAAUAAGGUGAAGUAUAUUCAAUAA